AUGACCCAUUGGACCUUUACCCGAUCCGAUCACGGCGGACUUCCGAAUGUGGCGGCAUGGAAUAUCUCCAACGCGCAAGGAUUGUCUUAUCAGAUCCAGCUUGCGUGGCCGCUGGGCUGGAGUACUUUACAAGUCUCGGCCCAGGCAAAUCUUCUCUACUCUGUCGACGGUAACGCUGUUUUCGGGACCGCAUUGGAUGCUGUUCGUCGACGUCGGCUUACUUCCCCAGAUGAGCCGGGGACAGUCGUCAUCGCGAUUGGCUACCCUCUGACCAACAGCGUGUACAGUCCUCGCCGUACGAUAGACUUGACUCCACCCUGCAAGACAUAUGUACCCCCGACCGGACCCGAUGGCCAUCCCCGGCCUGAACCCCAUGGCGGAGCGGAUCAAUUUCUCGCAUUCAUCAAGAAGACAGUGGAACCCUUCGUGCUGUCUUCGAUCUUUCCUAAUGUCACGAUUUGUCGCACAGCACUCUUUGGCCACUCAUAUGGGGGGUUGUUCGCGUUGCAUGUCCUGUUCACGCAACCAGGGAGCUUCGGCACCUUUCUCGUUGCGAGUCCCUCAAUCUGGUGGAACGAUAGAUUGAUUUUGACGGAAGAGACGCAAUUCUAUGACUCUCCUGGACUUCGAAUUAGGCCUAGAGUCCGUCUUUCGUAUGGAUCACAGGAGCAGUUCCCGGCUCGUCACCGAGGAGAGUCGCUGGAUAUGUACGAAAGACGUAAAAGAGGCGCUGCCCAGCGCCGCAUGACCGACAAUUGCGACGAGUUAUAUGAAAGGCUAUCUUCUAGUGGCCGGGUUGAAUGUGAAAAGCGAGUGUACUUGGACGAGGAUCAUGGUAGCGUUAUUGCUCCUGCCUUGAAUGGAGGAAUCUUGUUCUUUACGGAUUGA